CUGUUGCCAGGUUAGUCACGGAGGCGUUACCGGAAGGGCCCAUCAUUGUGAGGUCGUUAGUUAACUGCGGGUUCUCACCGAAACCACAGGAGCACGAGUGCGUCCACAGUCAUUUACAAAGUUUCCUAAUAGAGUCCACAAGAAGGUUCUAGGUUGGGAGAGUAGUUAUUUGUACAGCUUCGUUUCUUUUUCACCUUGAACCGUCUUCAGUCCGUCCAACAGUGUAUGCUCGGUGGAGAGGCUGCAGAGACAUGAGACAUUUAGCGGGAUGGACGGAGUGUGGACUUUUUGGAGCCAAAGCCCAUGAUGGUGACCAGAGGUCACAUGUCAAUUGACUUUGUGCGUCACCUUCAUGAGUCCACUCCAUCGAGCAGUCAGCUGGAAGCAGCUUUGUCAUUAGUGUUUGGACUCCAGAGCUAAAAAAGAAGCGGUCCAAUUACAUCCAAAGAAUUCCAUGGCGGUUUCGGGUCUGAUCCAGGACCACGGUGACAACGAUAUCAGCCCCCAAGUGGAAGCAAAUGUAACCCCGACGCCCCCUCCCAUGCCUUCUCACCCCAACGGCAGCCCCAGUCGACCCGUGGCCGCUGCCCCUGCUGACUCCACCGACAGCAGGAACCAGACCAGCAGACUGAAGGCUAUUCUUCAGCAGAACCAGCUGGUCCAGACUCUGAGCAACGGUCUGAGACGCCACUGUGACUAUGUCAAGAUUUCGGUCCCGGAGGAGCGUGCCGACCGCCUUCCCAAAGAGUGGUGGAAGACAGGAGUGGCCUUCCUCUACGCCAUCUUCAACUUGGUCUUCACCACUGUGGUCAUCACCAUCGUGCACGAGAGGGUCCCUGACAAGUCGGUGAGCCCACCGCUUCCCGAUAAGUUCUUUGACUACGUGGACCGCGUUCCCUGGGCCUUCACCGUCACCGAAGUCAACGGCCUGAUCCUGGUGGGACUGUGGAUGAUCCAGUGGCUCUUCCUCAAACACAAAUCCAUCGUGGGCCGCCGCUGCUUCUUCCUCAUCGGAACACUGUACAUGUACCGCUGCAUCACUAUGUACAUCACCACCUUGCCCGUGCCAGGCAAACACAUGGUGUGUGCGCCCAAGCUCUACGAUGAUUCAACAGGAAAAAUUUGGAGGAUACUGAGGCUCAUCUCAGGAGGAGGUUUGUCUCUGACGGGCUCCCACAUGAUGUGCGGUGACUUCAUGUACAGCGGCCACACAGUCAUGCUCACCUUGUCCUACCUCUUCAUCAAAGAAUACUCUCCUAGCUGGAUGUGCUGGUACCAUUGGAUCUGCUGGCUGCUCAGCGCCUCGGGUGUCCUGUGCAUCCUGGUGGGACACGAGCACUACAGCAUCGACGUGCUGGUGGGCUACUUUGUUACCACCAGGGUGUUCUGGUGGUACCACACCAUGGCCAACACACAUGCUUUGCGUCGGGUUCCCAACAACUUCCUGUCGCGGACAUGGUGGAACCCAGUCUUCAACUUCCUGGAGCGAAACGUGCAGACAACUGUACCUGUCGUCUUCUCGUGGCCACUGGCGUUGCCGUCUUCAUGCAGACAGCGCUACAGGAUUGUAGAAGGUGGGAGGGACGAGUGACAGAAUAUAUAUAUUUUUUUUUUUUCUCCCCAUUUCUUCUCCUCACUCUUUUCGGACCUAUGCUAGUUUUGUUGGUGUGCCAAUGUUAGCCUGCUAUGCUAACAGCAGAAUGAUGAUGUCAUUUGUGACACAGCUGCUAACCUGCUAGCAUUCCACUGCUAACUCCUAUUUGAUCAUUGGUGUUGUAAAUAGUUUGUAAUUAUUCAUUAUUAUUGUUAUCAUUAUUAUUAUUGACUGUUUAUUCUGCUCUUCUGUAUUGGACGCUGGAAACUGCUGCUUAGAGUUGGCCUAAUAAAAGUGCUUAUGUGCUUUUGUAAA